AUGACGUCAAACACGCGGCGGGCGUGGCGAGCUUGGCGUGCGCGGCGGCGUUUGGCGGUUUUGGCCCGGGCUCUGGUGCUAAGGGGGCGGUGUGCUUUAGGCCGGAAUGUUACCGGCUCUCGUAACUGGAGAUGAGGCAGAGGAACCAGCCGAGGAGGACUGUCCUGAAUUGGUUCCCAUUGAGACGAAGCAAAGAGAGGAAGAGGAAAAGCUUGGCCCCGGCGCCAAGAUCCCAGUCACAGUUAUCACCGGGUAUUUAGGUGCUGGGAAGACAACACUACUGAACUACAUUUUAACAGAGCAACAUAGUAAAAGAAUAGCAGUUAUUUUAAAUGAGUUUGGUGAAGGAAGUGCAGUAGAGAAAUCCUUAGCUGUGAGUCAAGGUGGAGAGCUCUAUGAAGAGUGGCUGGAACUUGGAAAUGGUUGCCUCUGCUGUUCAGUGAAGGACAGUGGCCUUAGGGCUAUUGAGAAUUUGAUGCAGAAGAAGGGGAAAUUUGAUUACAUACUGUUAGAGACCACUGGGUUAGCAGAUCCUGGUGCUGUGGCUGCUAUAUUUUGGGUUGAUGCUGAACUAGGGAGUGAUAUUUAUCUUGAUGGUAUCAUAACUGUUGUAGAUUCAAAAUAUGGAUUAAAACAUUUAGCAGAAGAAAAACCUGAUGGCCUCACCAAUGAAGCUACUAGGCAAGUUGCUUUAGCAGAUAUCAUCCUCAUCAAUAAAACAGACUUGAUUUCAGAAGAAGAGUUACACAAAUUAAGAACAACUAUUAGAUCAAUAAAUGGACUGGGAAAAAUUUUAGAAACACAAAGAUCCAGAGUUGAUCUCACUAACAUAUUAGAUCUUCAUGCCUUUGAUAGUCUCUCUGGAAUAAGUUUUCAGGAAAAACUUCAACAUAUGCCCACAGCACAGCCUCACCUUGAUCAGAGUAUUGUUACAGUCACAUUUGAAGUACCAGGAAAUGUAAAGGAAGAAAGUCUAAAUGUAUUUAUUCAGAAUCUCCUGUGGGAGAAGAAUGUGAGAAACAAGGACAACCACUGCAUGGAGGUCAUACGGCUAAAGGGGCUGGUGUCAGUCACAGACAAACCACAACAAGUGAUUGUCCAAGGUGUCCACGAACUCUAUGACCUGGAAGAGACUCCAGUGAGCUGGAAAGAUGACACUGAGAGAACAAAUCGAUUGGUCCUUAUUGGCAGGAAUUUAGAUAAAGAAGUCCUUAAACGACUGUUUAUAGCUACGGUAACAGAAACAGAAAAGCAGCGGACAGCACAUUUCAAAGAAGAUCAAAUUUGUCUAUAACAGGGGAAGCAUUUAUCAAAAGGAUUGGAUAAUAGACAUAAGUUUCCUACUGGGGAUAUUUCAACCAUUAUUCUUUGAUUUCUUUUAUGAAUUGCAGUGUACUUUAAAAUAAUCUAUACAAUAUAUAAAACAGUAAAUCAGUAUUAUAAAGCUUUGACAUUCAUAAAAUAAAAUAUAACAUCAUCUGAA